AAGAGGACAAAAAUCCAAGCGUUAAUAUUAUUAAAAUCGAUUAAAAAUUAAAAAAAUGAUUCCUCACAUAUAGAACGGGAAAACAGUUAUAAUAGUUAGAUACAUUUCCAGCUGAUUGGCCAUCAAAACCUCGUAAAAUUAAAAGAAAGAAGGACAUAUAAUGGAUUCGUUCUGCAGCCUCUUCGACCCAUCUGAUGGGCAAACUGAUGAGACUGACACCGAGACUAUAAGCAGUGAUUCUGAUUCGAUGGAUAAAAUAUUGGAUAAUCAUUUACCACCAGAACCGCAGUUUGGUAACAUAGAAUAUAAGUUGAAAUUGAUAAAUCCAUCGAAGCAACGAUUAGAUCAUCUUGUGACGCAAUUGAAAUGGAGAUUAAAUGAAGGACAUGGUGAAGCUAUUUACGAAAUAGGCGUAACUGAUUCUGGAUUCCUUCAUGGAUUAAACGAUCUUGAUAUGAAAAGUUCAUUGACAACUCUUCGAAUAAUGGCAGCACAAUUGAAUGCCACAACAUCGAUUUUAAGACGAAAAUCAUUGGACAAUGGAAAGUCAUGUGUUGAGAUUCUUGUUCGCAAGAUGUCUGAUAAUAAAAAUAUUGAAGAAAUUCGAAUAAGUGUAAUGGGAAGUGUUGAUGCAGGAAAGAGUUCAUUGAUAGGAGUUUUAACUCAGGGUGAAUUAGACAAUGGUCGAGGUAGAGCGCGUCUGCAAAUGUUUCGUCAUUAUCAUGAGAUUAAAUCUGGAAGAACUUCUUGCAUCUCUCAUGAGCUUUUAGGUUUCGAUGAAGCUGGAAAUGUCAUAAAUUAUAAGCACAAUGAAAUGAUGACAGCUGAAGAAAUCAGCGAAUUAUCGUCAAAACUUAUUAGUUUCAUGGACUUGGCUGGUCAUCGAAGGUAUAUGCGGACAACAAUUCAAGCUGUUAGUGGAUAUGCACCACAUUUCAUCGCGCUUGUUGUUGCUAGUGGAAGUUUAAACCAAAUGACGAUCGAAAAUCUUCAAAUCAUAAAAGCUUUUAAGAUUCCUUUCUUUGUGAUUUUAACGAAAAUUGAUCUGGUUUCUCCCGACGAUGCUGGAACACUAAAACAAUUGAUUCAACUUCUAAAUGAGAUUGAUAAACAUAAAACGCCGUUAGUGAUCGGCUCUAUAAAUGAUUUUCGAGUAAUGAAAGAAGAUAGUAAGAAGUUUAUUCCAAUUUUUUCCGUUUCGAACGUUACGGGUGCUGGUUUGGAUCUUGUUCAAAAAUAUCUUUUCACUUUGACACCGAACAUCAAUGAAAACGAGCAGCAAAAGCUUGAGAAGGAAACGCCAGAGUUUCAUAUCGAUGAGAUUUUCCGUGUGCAAGGUGUUGGAACAAUUGUUGGGGGUCUUCUUGUGAAAGGAACGAUGAACGAAAAGAUGAAAAUCAAAUGCGGUCCAGGGCCAAAUGGAGAAUUUUAUUCGGGAACUGUCAAAUCAAUUCAUCGCAACAAGUUUCCUUGUAAAAGUAUAAAACCUAAUCAAAGUGCUAGCGUGUGCUUUUCAAUGACGAAUGAACUUCCAUUACUACGAAGCGGAAUGGUUCUUAUUGCUGACUCUGAUGAAACACUGGCUUGUGUUUUCUUUCAAGCGACAAUCGUAGUCAUCCAACAUGCAAGCAUAAAAGGUAUCAAGAAAGGGUUUCAGAGCACGAUUCAUAUCGGAAGUAUCCGACAAACAGCAGUCAUUGAAGGUAUCUUUGGACGUGAAUCUCUUUGCGCCAACGACACUGGUUCUUGCGUUUUUCGAUUUCUUAUCCGCCCUGAAUACGUGAAGGUGGGAAUGUCAUUGCUUCUACGCGAUGGUCGAACGAAAGGAGUCGGAGUUGUGACUCAAGUUUUCCCAUUUCCUUAAAAGAUUUCUUCAUCACUGAAUUUUCUUGACUUAAUUUAUGUUUCUUCAUUUAUCGACGAGAAUUUUGCUUAAUCUGUGACAAAUUUGAAAAUAAGCAAAAAAAAUAUGAAUUUGAGUUAGUUAAUUGCUUUCCAUGUGAAUAUUUGAAGAAAGAAUGAUUUGAAAUGAAAACUCUUCAUUGUCUGUUCAUCAAGUUUAAUGAAAGUGUUUGAAAGAUUUUUACAUUAGACAAAUGUGAGUUUCUUAUCCAAAAAUCCUACAAAAUGCAAUCAUAAAAUAUAUUUAAAGAUGAAAAAACUUAAAAGAUUUAAAACAAUCAUUGAUUGGCGUGAAAGCCCCAUUCAUAUAAAUUUACUUAAUGCGUUAAAUAAAUGAUUUUAGAUAUGUACAUACACCCACACAUUAACACACAUACAUUAUAUUUAUUUAGAUAAUCAUAUAAUGAAUUGAAAAUUAAACUACUUAAUUUCACUUUUUCAUCACCAUUGUAACUAAGUUUCAAACUAUCAUCAUCAACAUUUCACACAUGAACAAUAAAUUAUAAUGAAACUGAAGAACUUAGGAAAAAUAUUUAAAUUAGAUAUCAAAAAAUCAUUUUCAAGUUACGCUGGUCGUUUUCAAUGUUUGAAGCUUUCUUGUUUUUCUGUAAAAAAAAUCUGACUAAUUUUAAAGUGUACAAAAUAGAAAAUUUUCUUUUUGUUCCUUCGGUGCUUCGAAAAUAUCUAAAAAGAAAAUAAAACGUGAUUUUACUGAAAUCGAAAAAAAAACAACAG